AUGGCCCACGAAAAGCCCAAGGAAGGAGUCUGGACUGAGAACAAGGGUUAUAUUAAUAUGAAGGUGGCGGGGCAGGAUGGUUCUCUGGUGCAGUUUAAGAUUAAGAGGUACACACCACUUAGUAAACUAAUGAAAGCCUGUUGUGAGCGACAGCUGGAAAUGGAGGAUGAAGGUACGAUUGAUGUGUUCCAGCAGCAGAGAGGAGGUGUCUACUAA